CUAACACAAAAAUUGGGAAUGAAGCAAGCAAUGAAAGAUCUUACUACAACUCCAAUGAAAGGGAGUAACAGUAAAUUCAAACCAAGGCAGGGUCUCAGCAAGAGUCCUAUUGUCACUAGCAGAGGUGCAGAUAAUUUUAGUAUGACUCCACUGGCAGUCAAGUCUCGUAAAGCCAAGAAGUUCUAUAAAUCUCCUUAUGCUCCUUUGCAGAAGAGCAUUUCUAGGCAAUCUCUAGCGAAAAUGCAAGGAAAGAUACAUAAAAUAGGCCAUUCUUGGAGCCACAUGAAUUUGACCCAGAAAUGCUCUCCUUCGUUGAAAUCAAGAGACAGUGAAUGUAAAACUCCUUCUGAUAGGAAGUCUUAUAGAGCAGACCUAGGCUUAUCCAGGACUCUCUGUCCUGGUUACGAGGCUCCAUCCCAAAAUGGAGAAGUAAAUACAUGAAAGAAGCAUGCUGACAAGCCUGUGAAAGGAUACUGCCGGAAGAGCAAUAAUCUAUUAUGUGUCAAAUGAAUAGUUGAGAGUACUCAGAAGCAAUUUGACUAUGUUUCCCUCUCUAAAGCAUAUUCUGAGCAACAACAAUAUCUUCGGAAUAAAAUCAUAAAAGUGGUCAAGAGCAAGGAAAAUUUGUUCGCAAAAUCUAAAAAUAUCCCAAAUGCUUUGGAAGAGAUUGAUAAGUUGCAUAAAACUGCUAUUAGCCAAGCUGAAAGCUUCUAUUCAACAAUUUUGAAUGAAAUAAAGGCCAGAAAGACACAGACACUAGAAGAUCUUGAGAAGAGUUGCGUGGAGUACAAAUAAACAACUAGAGAUAGACCAAGGAAAGCUUAAGAAAGUUUGAAAUGUGCUUGAGGUCUGAGAAAAACAACCCACUGAUUCAGACAGGAGCCUCUCUAUCAUAAAUUUCUUACUCAAAAGGAAGGAGCUUGACAAUUGCAUCAAGAGUCAUACUGAGGUCCUGGAAAAAGAUAUCUUUGGGAAUAAAGGGAAGAUCAUGUUUAGCUUUAAGAGAGAAAAGUUUGGCUUACUUCAUUUCAUCAGAAACGAAUUCAAGGAGAAAUAAAGAUGAAAUUGUUAUAAAUAAUAGCCCAUGUCUUAGCAAAGCUAAGGCAUGUGGUAAGGUUUAUAAUCAUAGUGACCGGAAAUAGCAACAAUUUCAAAGAAACUCGGAACUCCAAAAUGAAAUAUAGUCAGUUUAACACUUCGAAAGGGUAUCUUUCUAGUGAAAAUACUACUUAUCCAGGCCAGAGAAAUAGUUCUUCUAACUCUCGAGGGACAACGAUAGUGAAAGAGUUCUCUAGUAGACUCAUGGCCCCUACCAAAUCAAGUGAGAUGAGGGCUAGUAAGACUAAAAAGUAUGACCCUGAUCGGUGCAAAAAGAGUGAUCUUAGGGACAAUAGUUCGAUGCUGAUAGAGAAGAUUUGUGAUAAUCUAAGUGAAAGUCAAGAUACACCUGUGAUAUCCUUCCAUUCGCCUGAUACGUCAGAUUCGCAGACCCAACCGGAGCAAGACUCAACGCCUAUAGUUAGCGCUAGUGCAGAGAUAUACCAUAUACCUGAUUCACAGCACUUUGUAGAGUAUGAGUCUCCUGAGGUAAAACAAACUCCAAAGGGUAACAAGUCUAUUAAUCUGUUGCAAAAUCCUUAUGAAAAUGUCUGCUCCCAAAGACCACAGAAUCCCCGGGAGUUUAUGAUACUAAAGAAGAAUCAAAGAUGCCAUAAGCUAUCUCAUAUCCCAAAGGCAGCUGAAGAGCUAUUACAAAACCCGAUUCAGAAGAAAUCUAAAUUCGGCCAAAAGAAGAAGUGCACAAGUUUGAACUAAUUUCCUAAUUAUUAUAAAACAUGUUGACUUGA